AUGAGCGAAGCCUCUCUGAGUCAAUCAACAACUCUCGAAACGCUCGUCUCCUCCCUUGACAUCACCCCAGCAGACUCCAACCAGAAGGAGCCGAUUCUAGUGGACAAGGUGUCUGGAGCCACCCUCGGGAAGGUUGUCGAAUGGGCCGAACAUCACAAAGACGACGUCCUUCUGUCGGAUCGGGAAAAAGAGAGACAAAGACAGAAUUCCACUCCGGAGAAGGACGUGACGUUCCUCAGAAAUCUCGAAAACAUGGAGUAA